UACGGGGAAAAAAACAUUGGACGAUUGUAUAUUGAAGGGCUUUCACAACAAGCAGUUCCAAGUGCUGUUGCUAUUGACUCAGGUCAGUGAGCGAGUUGGCAAAUCUGUUUUGCUUGUUCGCGCAGAGUUAGCUUGCUGGCUAACCCAGCUAGCCAGUUACCCAGGUCUUUAAACGAUUAAACUAUCGCCCGUCUGUUUAUUUUUUUUCAACCAUGGCGCUGCGAGCCAAGGUUUUAUAUGACUUUAAUUCCGAAAACCCUGGUGAGAUAUCAGUGAAGGAAAAUGAAAUUGUUUCUAUAUACAGCGAGAAAGACAUUGAGGGUUGGUUGGAGGGAACGAACAGUAAAGGAGAGAGGGGUCUGUUUCCUGCGUCUUAUGUAGAAAUCCUGAGAAACGGCUCGUCCACGUCGUAUAACAACAAUAGCACAUCUGGAGAUGUGUAUCAGGGCGCGCGGUACGCCAACAUUCCCACUGGAGGUUUUGACGCGUCUUACAAAAUCCAAGUUGAUAACUACAAUAAAGCGCCAGCAUCCAGUUUCUCAACUUUCGCUGGGGCACCUCCACAUCAGCAGCAAUCGCAACAAAACUAUCCGGCCAGUCAAGGGAGCGACGAUGACUGGGAUGACGACUGGGACGACAGCUCCACCGUCGCGGACGAGCCAGGAGUUGUUAGCGGAGGUUUUCACGAUUUCGACGGCAACGGAGCUUCUACCUACAGGGUGUCAACGUCGUCUAUGGCUCGUGGGAAUGCACAGCAAGCCAAGAGUUCGGCAACUGUCAGCAGAAAUCUGAACAGGUUCUCCACUUUCGUGAAGUCAGGAGGUGAGGCGUUUGUGCUGGGCGAAGCGUCUGGCUUUGUGAAAGACGGAGAUAAGAUCUGUGUGGUGAUGGGACAGUACGGACCAGAAUGGCAGGAGAAUCCAUACCCGUUCACCUGUACUAUUGACGACCCGACCAAACAAACCAAGUUCAAGGGCAUGAAAAGUUACAUCUCUUACAAACUCACACCAACCCACACUCAGAACCCAGUAAACAGGAGAUACAAACAUUUCGACUGGUUGUACGCCAGAUUGGUGGAAAAAUUCCCCGUCAUCUCUGUCCCUCACAUACCAGAGAAACAGGCUACAGGCCGCUUCGAGGAAGACUUCAUUUCUAAAAGAAGGAAAGGGCUCAUCUGGUGGAUGAACCACAUGACGAGUCAUCCGGUGCUGGCCAGGUGCGAUGUGUUCCAACACUUCCUGACCUGCAGCAGCACGGACGAAAAGGCUUGGAAGCAAGGGAAGAGAAAGGCAGAGAAAGACGAAAUGGUGGGGGCGAACUUCUUCCUCACCAUCAGCACCCCGGCCGCCACGCUCGACCUCCAGGAGGUGGAGAGCAAAAUAGACGGGUUCAAAGUCUUCACCAAGAAGAUGGACGACAGCGUGAUCCAGGUGAACGCCACGCUCAGCGAGUUUGCCCGCAAGCAGAUCGCCGGCUUCAAGAAGGAGUACCAGAGGGUAGGGCAGUCGUUUAAGCACCUCAGUCAAGCCUUCGAGCUCGAUCAGCAGGCGUACUCCGUCGGCUUGAACCAAGCCAUCGCCUACACCGGGGAGGCCUACGAAGCUGUCGGAGACUAUUUCGCUGAGCAACCAAAACAAGAUUUGGACCCCAUCAUGGACCUCUUAGCUCUGUACCAGGGACACCUCGCCAACUACCCUGACAUCAUCCACGUACAAAAAGGAGCGCUGACGAAGGUGAAGGAGAGCCAGAAACACGUGGAGGAGAAUAAGAUGGAGAGCCAGCAGGCGGAGGGGAUCAACGAACGGUGUAACAUCAUCUCUUUCGCCACCUUGGCCGAGAUGCAGCACUUUCACCAGAUCCGCGUCAGGGACUUCAAAGCUCAGAUGCAGCAUUACCUUCAGCAGCAGAUCGGGUUCUUCCAGAAGAUAACAGGCACACUGGAGGAGGCUCUUCGCAAAUACGACAACGCCUAAAAAAAAACAACAACAAAAACAAAAACAAAAAUCAGACUGCCCGUUGGAUUGUGUUUUAACGUCCAGCGGUGACUGCCCAGCCCCAGAGUCCCCCGCUUUAGCGACGCAACGUGACGGCAGAGCCAGACCGCAAACACUCCUCUCUGAGUGCUGAGCUCCAGAGAAACACCUUCCUCCCAAACCUGAAUGUCUUUGGGUGCUGCUGCCGCUGCUCUGUCAAGGGGCGGG